GAUAACGGGGAGAGAAGCUCUUGGCAGGUCCGAGGGAGUGGAAAUAGGAAAGAAAGGGAAAAAUGGCGAAGCCAUUAGGACCCACUGGUGAAUUCUUCAAAAGGAGGGAUGAAUGGAGGAAGCAUCCAAUGCUCGUCAAUCAGUUCAGGAACGCCACUCCCGGCCUUGGCAUCGCCCUCGUCGCUUUCGGUGUUUACCUCGUCGGUGAAGCCGUUUACAAUCGCUUUAACAGCUCCGAUCCACAUGCAGCUCACUGAAGAGGGCUUACGAUCUCUGCUAAAGGUCAUUGUGUUAUUUCGGUCGUUCAGGCUAUCGGUCGGUCGCUCAGGUUAUCAGUCAGUCGUCCAAGCUGCGGUGGUCGGUCAGCUGAGUUGGCUGAGAGUGGUUGGUCGGCUGAGGUGGCUUUACUGGCCUUCACUACCACAUUAUCUCAUAAAGAUCUUUGCAGUCAUUUUUUUAGAUAAAAUAUCUUUGAAAUCAUUACAAUACUUCCAAAGAAGCAAAUGAGACAUAUCGAAUCUCUACCACAUAUUAAAUCUCGUAAAAAAGUUUUAUUAUGCACAAAAAGGUUAUUUCAAAAGUGGUAAUAAAUUUACUAAAAACAACCAAUCAAAAAAGAAAUACAACUCACUCAAGGAAUGACAAAUCUAAGAAUCGCUAGCCAUAUAUAACUCGUGCAAAAAAAAAAAAAAAAAAAAAAAAAAAAAA